UUUUUUGAAACAACUGGGGAUGAGGAUUGAGAAAAGCGCUGAGAAACUGCGAGAGAGAAGUGAGUUCAACGCGUGUGUGGGGUUUUAACGGCAAAACCGAAAAACGCUGCUCUCUUAUUAUUAACAACGCUCCAAGCACACUGAGUGGCUGUGAAUGAGCACAAAGCUAAGCUCUGGGUGACGAUCUUCCCUAUGCUCCCUCUCUCAUAAUAACCUCCUCUCUCUCUCUCUCACUCUCCUCCUCUCAAUUUCCAUAGCAGAGGAAAUUGUACUACCUUCCGCCGAUCGUUUCCUCAGAUCUCCUUUUUAUAUCGGUGUUGCUCUCGAUUGCUGCUGCUUCAUUCAAUUUCUUAGGUAUUGUUCGUUGAGGUACUUCAAGUUACCCGACCCGAUUUGAGUUAAUUCAGGUGGAACAAUGUCUUCCAUGACCCAAACUCCAGCAUCGUUCACUGGGAAUUUGGCUCCAAAACCUACUGCUUCUGAUCUUCUCAGGAGCUCAAGUAAUGGUGUCUCUGGUGUACCCCUUAAAGCCCUUGGAAGAGCUCAACUAGGAGCAAGGAUGAGAAACUUCAGUAUAACAGCGAGGGUUAGGAAAGUGAAAAAGCACGAGUAUCCAUGGCCAGAAGAUCCUGACCUCAAUGUGAAGGGUGGAGUCCUUAGUCACCUCUCACCUUUCAAGCCUUUGAAAGAGAAGCCAAAGCCAGUUACUUUGGAUUUUGAGAAACCACUCAUGGAUCUGCAGAAAAAAAUAAUUGAUGUGCAAAAGAUGGCAAAUGAAACUGGUCUGGAUUUCAGUGAUCAGAUUAUCUCACUAGAGAAUAAAUAUCAACAGGCUCUGAAAGAUCUAUAUACACAUUUGACUCCCAUUCAACGUGUAAACAUCGCACGACAUCCAAACAGGCCGACAUUUCUUGAUCAUGUCUUCAACAUUACUGAGAAGUUUGUGGAGCUCCAUGGUGAUCGAGCUGGAUAUGAUGAUCCUGCUGUUGUUACUGGACUUGGUACAAUAAAUGGGAGAAGCUACAUGUUCAUGGGCCAUCAAAAGGGCAGGAACACGAAAGAGAAUAUCAAACGGAACUUUGGGAUGCCCACUCCUCAUGGUUACAGGAAGGCACUACGAAUGAUGUAUUAUGCAGAUCAUCAUGGAUUUCCAAUUAUCACUUUCAUUGACACUCCAGGGGCAUAUGCAGAUCUGAAGUCUGAGGAACUGGGCCAAGGGGAAGCUAUCGCUCAGAAUUUGAGGACUAUGUUUGGUCUGAAAGUACCAAUUGUUUCCAUUGUUAUGGGCGAAGGUGGCUCUGGUGGAGCUCUGGCUAUUGGUUGUGCUAACAAGUUGUUAAUGCUUGAAAAUGCAGUCUUCUAUGUUGCAAGCCCUGAAGCAUGUGCCGCAAUCUUGUGGAAGAGUGCAAAAGCUUCUCCAAAGGCUGCUGAGAAGCUAAAAAUAACAGCAAAAGAGCUGACUAAGCUACAAAUUGCUGAUGGUAUCAUCCCGGAACCUCUUGGUGGCGCGCAUGCAGAUCCAUAUUGGACUUCACAACAGAUAAAAACUGCAAUUCUUGAAUCAAUGGAUGAACUUGUCAAGAUGGAUACUGAAACCCUUUUAAAACAUAGGGCUCAAAAGUUCCGGAAACUUGGUGGAUUCCAGGAGGGAGUUCCAAUUGAUCCCAAAAGGAAAGUCAAUAUGAAAAAGAAGGACAAAUCCAUAGUUCCAAUCAGCAAGACUUCAGAAUCAGAGUUGCGGGAUGAGGUUGAAAAACUGAAAACGCAGAUAUUGGAAGCCAGUAAAUCAUCAGUAGAGCACCCAGGGACAGGAUUAAAGGAAAUGAUGGAGAAACUGAAAAGAGAGAUUGACUAUGAAUAUGAUGAGGCUGCAAAAGCUCUAGGUAUGCAGGACAAAAUUUUGAUGCUGCGGGAAGAAGUGGCAAAAGCAAGAAAUCAUAAUGACCAGCUUGCACAUCCUGCUCUGAAGGAAAAGAUUGAUCACCUGAAGGAUGAAUUUGACAAGAAUCUUCCCUCAGCUCCCAAUUACCCCAAUCUGAAAUAUAAGCUUGGUAUGCUGAAAGAACUAUCCAAAGCUUCGAAUCUCACUAAGAAGAGCACCACGAGAGAUGAAUUGAAACUUGAAAUUAAUAAGAGGUUCAGUGAGUUCAUGGAUCGGCCUGAUGUAAAACAAAAGAUUGAGACACUGAAGGCUGAAAUUGCUAGCUCAGGGGUGUCAAAUAUUGAUUCAAAGCCAGAGCUAAAGGAAAAGGUUUCGCAGAUGAGUGGAGAACUAGAGUCAGAAUUUAAGGCUGUUCUUAACUCUAUGGGUCUGCAAGUGGUCCCUUCAGACUCGGAAGCUUUGGCAAAAAUAAAUGCCUUCGAUGAAGAAGUUAAUAUGACUAUAGAUGAUCUUGUCAAUUCAUCGUAUUUGAAAGAAAGGAUUGAGCUGCUAAAGACGGAAGUCGAAAAAGCUGGAAGUAGACCAGAUGAAGACUCAAAAAGUAAGAUUCAGGUUUUGCAGGCUGAAAUCAAGCAAGCAAUUACAGAGGCCAUAAGUUUUCCAGAAUUAAAAGAAAAGUAUGAAAGGCUGGCAGCAGAGAUAUUAGAAACCACCAAACCUUCAGUAGGAUCAAAUGGAAGUUCUGGUGACGAAAAUACAGAAGAUUCACAAGUCAAUGUCAAUCUGGAAGCUAACCGCAGCUUUGUUUGAUAAGAAGAUUGUGGGAGAACCUGCUGCUUACUAGUAUUCAGUAAUAGCUUCGCCUGGAGACGACAGGAUUCUGACUUUGCAAGACAUGAACUUGCCAUCAGAGUUUUGCUUGUUCAGCUUGAUUCCCGUUUCUCAGCUAUAACCCGUGGUUGACAUGGCUUCAGUGUUUCGACCCUCUAAAUUAUGUCAUUUUAGCUCAGUUGAUUGGCUGAGUUUCCAGCUGAUAGAGAUAGAACAUUGUAUAAAUCACUUGGGUUUCAAAAAGAAUCAAGCCUAUGUCGUGAGUUCGUAAGUACUUAAUGUGAGUUGAAUUUUCAUACAAUUAGAGUGAAUGGAUUAUAUAGAAUGCGUUUCAAAAACCUUUAAUAAUCUGUAUGGAAGUCUGUAACUUCAAAUUAAAGCUCAAGCUAUUUCGGAAUUAGAUAUGCCUACUUUGCUUGCUUGCA